AUGGCCUGCAACAACCUCUGCCAACCCUGCGGACCCACCCCGCUGGCCAACAGCUGCAACGAGCCCUGUGCCCUGCAAUGCCAGGAUUCCCGUGUCAUCAUCAACCCUUCCCCUGUGCUGAUCACCCUGCCAGGACCCAUCAUGACCUCCUUCCCCCAGAACACCGUCGUCGGAUCCACCUCCUCGGCUGCCGUGGGCAGUGAACUCAAUGCCCAGGGACAGCCCAUCUCUGGUGGCUUUGGCUUUGGCCUUGGCUAUGGGCUGGGAGGUCUGGGCUGCUAUGGCAGAAGGGGUGGCUACAUCUGCUAA